AUGCAGUUAUUGCAAUGGCAGCCAUAUGUAUAUUUGUGGUCUGUCUGGUCGCAGUGGACGAGUUCGGUCCCGCCGAUUGGGACGCCGGCGAGUGUAGCUGUUGAUUAUGUUAAUCCCAUGAUAGGAAAUGGCGGAAUCACACCUGACGGCUCAGGAGGGAUGAUCCCAAGCGUUGCACCUCCCUUCGGAAUGACGCGUUGGGUUGCGCAGACGCGUCAGAACUACGUUUCUGUUACGCCGUAUAACCAUACGGAUCGUGUUAUCCAUGGGUUCCAGGCGACGCAUCAACCUGCUAUUUGGAUGGGUGAAAGCGCCACAUUUACAGUCGUUCCUGGUACUGGCGCGGUGAAGCCCCGCUUUGAAGAUAGAGGUAUGCGCUUUGAUAAGGAGGACGAGAAGGCUGGUGCUGCGUAUUAUACGGUUGAUAUGGUUGGUGGGGAGGAUGAGAAGGUGAAAGCGGAGAUGACUGCGACUUCGCGAGUCGGCCAUCUCCGAUUCACCUUCCCCGCUCAAUCAGAUCCAUACAUCCUAAUCGAAGCAACUCGCGCAUCUGUCCUAGGUUCCUCCGACCCAAACAACGUUACCUUCCCCCAAGGUGCUAUAACCAUCGAUCCCGCUACACGCGAGAUCUCAGGGCGCAAUCCGGAACGUCAAGACUUCCUCAUCGGGCCCAGUCCAGCACCCAGUUUUGCGGGUUAUUUCGUCGCUCGGUUUGAUGCGCCGUUCACGUCUUGGGGAAUCGCGAAGAAUGGAUCGGUUAGUGCGAAUGAGACAGAUGGUGAUGGUGCGAUGCUCUCUGGUUAUGUGCGCUUUUCCAAUGGGUCGAGUGCGGUGAAUGUCCGUAUGGGAGUGUCGUUUAUUUCUGUUGACCAGGCUCGACGGAACCUUGAGAAUGAGAUACCUGACGGACGUGCGUUUGAGGAAACAGCGUACGAAACCCGGAAGGCUUGGAAGGACAAGCUAGAUCUGAUUCAGGUCGAAGGAGCGACGAAGGAAAACUUGACGACGUUCUACACCGCGUUCUUCCAUUCAUUACAGUAUCCAUAUGAACAAAGUGAAGACGGGAAAUAUUAUUCUGGCUAUGACGAUACUGUUCAUGAAGGCGCUUCGUAUACGGGUUAUUCUAUUUGGGAUACCUUCCGCGCAGAAUGGGCGUGGCAGAUCUUUCUCGUCCCAGAGCGCAUUUCUGACAUGGUUACCAGUAUGCUGCAAGAUUAUAAAGAGGGCGGCUGGCUUCCUAUGUGGAAAAACAUUGUCGAAACAAACAUUAUGGUCGGGACACACGCAGACGUCCUUGUAUCAGAGGCCGUUGUGAAAGGCUUCGGUAAUGGCUUUGACACUGAGUUAGCGUAUGAAGCUGUUCAUAAGGACGCAACUGUCCCCCCAGGUGUUGGUUAUGAAGUCCGUGCCGGUCUGUCGACAGUCUACGAACAGAAAGGCUGGGUCGCGAAUGAUAUCCAUUCAGAGGCCGCAUCCAGAACUCUGGACUAUGCGUAUGACGACCACGCUGUCGCAAUCCUAGCAGCAUUCCUCAACAAAACCGAAGAUGCAGAAUUCUUCGGCGCACGUUCACACAGCGCAUACAAGUCUAUCUUCAACAAUGGGACUGGGUUUAUGGAGGCACGCAAUGCUUCUGGUGCAUGGGCUGGUGAGGACCAAGGUUGGACAGAGGGAGAUAUGUGGGCGUAUACCUUUGAUGUGCCGCAAGAUAUACCUGGCCUUGUUGCUUUGAAAGGUGGUAAUGCCAGCUUUGUUAACUUUUUGGACCAGCAUUUUGAUGGGGGACAUAAUAUGCAUACUAACGAGCCGUCGCACCAUAUACCAUACCUUUACUCAUUAGCAGGUGCUGCGUCGAAGACACAGGAACGUGUUCGUGACAUUGCGAUGAACGACUACAACGAUACUGUUGACGGUCUAGUUGGGAACGAGGACUGUGGUCAGAUGAGUGCAUGGUAUCUCUUCAGCUCUCUGGGCUUCUACCCCGUGGACCCGGUGUCAAAUACAUAUGUUGUCGGAGCACCCUUCUUCGACAAAGUGACAGUAAAACUCCCUGGUGCACCCCGUCCACUCGUCAUCUCCUCAAGUGGCGCAACCUCCAAAAAGUACGUGAAGAGUCUAACCAUCGACGGCGUUGCACUUGACAACCCCGUCAUCACACAUGCGCAAAUUGCACGAGGGGCGAACAUCGUGUUUGAGAUGAGUGACACUCCUCAGGCGUGGGGAUCGGCUACUCUUAACAUUAAUAAUGCACGUGGUGAGGGUGCGUUUGACUCUGAGGUACACAAGCGAACAGAGGGAGGUGAACGGGUUGAGAAGGCAGAGCUUUAG